UUUAAAAAAUAACUACAAACAAAAAUACAUAUGCACUAUAAACACCAGCUCAUUGAUGUGGCUAAAAAAAAAACAGAAAUCAGCAUCUCCAUCGUUAUUUUUCUUGAGUUUUAUUUAAACCUAUUCGUUAUUAUAAGAAACAUUCUACUUGACUCCAGAUCAACAGUUUACAAUUAGAAGUAGACGGAAAGAGAGCUUAAAAAUUAUUCAACAAAUACAUCAAAAAAGAAAUUGAAUUGUAAAAAAUGUUCAAAUUAGCCAACUUAGUAGUGUUGAUGUCAACAUUUUGUGUUAUUGCAACUGCCGCACCCUAUCAAGAACUGCCACCCAAACCUGGGUAUGUACCAGUUUAUAUCAGGGAAGGAAAUACACCCUUAAGUCAAGUAAACCCAAAGUUGGUAGAAGCUUUUCAUGAGUAUGAGGUAUCCAAUCUACCACAAUUAGAGGUCGAAAUUCCAAAAAAAGUUGAAGUUACUACUAAUAACAAACUAGAUAAAGUUGCUGAAAACGUAGAACAAGAUAAUGAUGAAGGAGAGACCAAUGAGCAAUCGAAGAACUUAGGUGAAGAGAAAGACGAAAGCAAACAGAUAAAAGAGCAUGUACAACAAGACGAAAAACAAUUAAAAAAAGAAGAAACUCCCGCUUCCGAUAUUGCGGAAUUUACUAAUGAUGCUAUCAAAGUACUAGCUGACGGCAAUACAGACAAUUAAUUAAAAUAAAAUACAUCAUUAAUCAAUAAUUGAAAAAAUCAUAUGCAUAAAUAAUAAGCUUUAAUUAAAAAAAAAGUAAAAAUAAAUAAAUAUACAUACAUAUAGUGUUAGUCAUAGAGUCGAGCUCAUUAUAGAAAGUUCGAUCAUGUUUCUUAAAACAAUAUUUUAGGAAAAACAUCACUUAUUUAGAUAUUAUAUUUUUGUAGUGCCCAUAAAAAAUGAUUUGAAUAAAACAAAAAUACAAAGGGAUUAUUUAAUUCAUUAAUAGGUGAGAAGCAUAAAAUGAUUACGUUGUUACUUUAAGGAGUCGAACUACAUAAAUAUAUUAUUUCACCAAUAAUAAACUGUA